AUGGCGCCAAUUCGGAAACUGAUUUACUUCGCCCUCGUUUUGGUACUUUCUCUGCCGCUCAUUUUCUCCGAGAGAUUUCUCAAAGCUACUGAUAGAACAAGAUACGAUUCUUUACCCAAGCAUUGCGGUUACGAAUAUGGAGAGCGGAUUCCUCUGUUCGUCAACACAGUAUUUGUGGCUCAUGAUCAACGAUGUGAGGCACAAGCAUAUUUUUCGCUUCCAUUUUGUCCUCCAGGAGAAAAGAUACCCAAAAGAAAGACAUCCCUGAAUGAUAUUCUGGCAGGCGAUUGCAUAACCAAUACCCGAUAUGAGUUGAAGUUUGGCGUUUCACAAUCGGAGGGCUUCCUUUGCAAGAAAAAAUUGACUGAAGAUGAUCUUAUAAAGUUUAAGUCCCAUAUUGGAGGCAAAUCUGAGUACAAGAUGUACUUCGACAACUACUGGCUCAAGAGUAAGGUGGGGGAAGCCGUUGAAGAAAAAGGCAUCGGACAGAAGUUUUAUCUUUUCAAUCACAUUGAAUUCAACGUCGAUUUCAUGGAUAAUCGAGUGAUGGGCAUUAAUAUUGUAAAUAGUCUCGAUUCAUCCGUGGAUAUAACCCACGUUACUGAAACCGAAGUCGAAUUUUCCUACUCUGUAAUCUGGAAUGAUAUCAAACUCAAAAACAACUCGAAUUACUACACCUCCAGGAAUAAAACUGCAGCUGAUCAGAAAACCUCGUGGCUUAAAGAAGAAUACACACACUUGGUUUUCUCAUCAUUUUGGCUUUGGACUGCCAUUACCUUUUGGUGGAUCGCCUUGCUUCUUGCAGUUGCUUCGCCGUAUGUGUUUCCGUACCUCAUAAAGAACAGACAUCUUCACCAAGGUAUUCGUCGUAUGAAUAAUAGAACAGCCUCAAAAUGCCACUGUCCAAUGUUCACAUCCGUGCUCGGUGCUAUCUUGAACGUUGGACUUCAGCAUCUAUUCAUAUCCGUCGUACGUGGGGGUUCAGCUGCGUUGUACAUGUUCGUUUAUGGGGUGUACUUCAUUUCGAAAAUAAGGAGUGAAAGUUACAUGGAGCUUGUCCCUGUUUUGGUUCUGGGAACUGUUGGAUUCGGGGGUUCCCAGUUGGCCGUUAUAUCCUACGUGCUCGGAAUCUUAAAGAACAGGUCGUGA